AUGCCGGGAAAAAGACCGAGAAGAAAAUUAACUAAGAAGAAGCAGCGCCAAUACCGACGACAAAAAAAGGCAAAAGAACGCGACCGACUGGAGGAAGAGGCGGAGAACCAAAGACUAUCCGAUCCAGAGUACCAGAAGUGGCAAAAGCAGCAGUAUGAACUGGAGGAGUUCCAGCGCCUAGCCUUAGAAAGGAAACAUCUGGAGGAGGAGGAAACAUGGCUCCGACGGGAGGCCAUCGCUCAACGACAGUUUCGUUUAGAUGAUGCCAGGAGACGCAAAGAGCAGUCAGAAGCGGAACGCCUGAUGGGGGAGCAAGCCAGGGAGCUGGCGGAAAGGGAAGAGGCACGAAGGAAAGUGAGAGAAGAAAAUGAACGUCAGAUCGCCAAGGCAAAUGCCGAAUUUGAAGCUAUGAUGCAAAAUAUGCACGAGUACCUUAACAACCCUCAGCUGGAGAAGCCCCCAAAACACCUGCUGCGCAUAAUGGAAACGCAUCCGGGAGAACGUGCUUGCGAGCUCUAUUCCCGCACCAAUUGUUGUCGUUAUGGACACAGUUGCACCUUCAACCACCCACGACCUAUGCUUUCACGAAUUCUGCUCAUUCGGCACUUCUUUAGCCAUAGCCUGCUCCAGGAGCGAAAGGUUCACAAGGAGUACGCCUCUGCGGAUGAAGAACUGGAACUGACUGAGCAGGAUCUUCGCAGCGACUACGAUGAAUUCUUCGAGGAUGCCGUAAAGGAGCUAGAAAAGUUCGGCAGCAUCAUCAAUUUCCGAGCAUUGCGAAAUACCCUGGAACAUCUAAGGGGUCACGUCUUUGUAGAAUACGCCCACGAACGGUCAGCGUUACGUGCCUUUAUAAACCUCCAAGGACGCUAUUACGCCUCGAGGCGUCUUAACGUCGAGUUCUCACAUUUAAAAACUUGGCGUGGGGCAGUUUGCGGUAUGUCCUUAACACGAAAAUGUCCCAAAGGUAACACCUGUCUCUACCUGCACUUGUUCCGCAAUCCCAAGAAUCUGUUCAACAGGGAUCUGGAGAAAACGACGACUCCAAGAAGCGACCGCAACUUUAGUCAGACUCCCACAGUCAGGACUCCCUCAGCCAGUUGGGACAGUCAAGACGAGCCUGGUCGUAACUGGCGCUGGUCGGAGAGUCCCGAACCAGAUCUUAAAAGUUCCAAAGAUCUCAGCAACCAGAAGUCUCGAACAAGAAGCCACUCAAAUCGAUCUCAUUCUGAGCAUCAUUCCAAGUCCUUUAAAUCCAAUCGGGACUGCAGCUCCUCAGGAUCUCGAUCCUCACAUAAUCACAGAUCUAGAAGAUCAUCUAAUAGUGACUCAAAGCACCACAAAUAAAUGCCAAAGUAU